UCCGGGCCAGACGCAAAAAUCUAAUCAGUACCGUAAUCAGUAGUGGCAUCUUAGAGUUUCCCAUCUUUCUCUAACGCCUCCGGUGCCAGGGCUGAGUCAGUAUCUCGAGCACUUCCAUCUUAUCUGCUUGUGCUCAGAUUUACCGCGUAUGAAUAAAUUUUGUUCUUAUUAAAAGUGAGUUGUUUCCCAGUGGUUUUCACGAAAGCAUCGAUACCAACGAAUCGAAUCCGCCAUGUUUUAUAACGGACCCAGAAAUAGCAAGUCCUAACGCUUGUAUUUGGAAGUUAAACGUUACUCUCAGGUCGUUAGUGAGUUAUAAAUGGUUAAAUUUCUUCUAACGAUAACUAGGACAUUCGCGAUUAGCUAAAUGAAGGCAUAAGUUCAGUUCCUAAAUAUUUGUCUGACAUAGUGUGCUAAUAGUUAAGUGUUAAAUGUUAUCACUUUUAAUUUACAUAUAACAAGAUUCCUUGUGAAUAUUUAAUAAGUUGAUCGAUUAAAACUAACAAAAAACUCGCCACGGGUUACAAAGGACUAAGGCGCAAUGCACUCGUCCUCUUCAUCAAUGUCGCCAUCACCUCUGGAUUUACGACCCGCCCUUUCAGCAUCACCGCCAGCCAAUACGAACUCGUCAACGACGGAGGAUAAAUCACGUACGCCCCUGGUGAAACCUCCCUAUUCGUAUAUCGCGCUCAUUACAAUGGCGAUCCUGCAGUCACCUCAGAAGAAAUUAACAUUGAGCGGAAUUUGUGAAUUUAUCAUGAACAGAUUUCCGUACUACAAAGACAAAUUCCCAGCCUGGCAGAACUCAAUUCGGCACAACCUUAGCCUAAACGACUGCUUCAUAAAGGUCCCCCGGGAGCCGGGCAAUCCUGGCAAAGGAAACUUCUGGACAUUGGAUCCCCUGGCUGAGGAUAUGUUCGACAAUGGAAGCUUCCUGAGAAGGAGGAAACGCUACAAGCGACCGCCCUUAACACAGAGUGUCCCCUUUCCUGCUGUCUUCGGGCCAUUCUCACCGUUUUGGAUACGCAAACCUGUUCCAGUCCUACCCAUGCAAUUCAACACACCGAAUUUCGGUGGUUUUCGGGAGAAUUUCGAUGUGUUCAACGGCAGACCAGAACUGUUGGUUGGACGAAAUCCAGUUAUCGACCAAAAACUAGAUUUCUUUGCGAAUUCAGAAGUUCCCGGAGAUUUGUACUCAAACCGCGAGAAGUUUGAGAUAUUCCGGAGAAACAUGGACUUAUUUCGCCGCAAUUCAAUUACAUUCGACUCGUUCAACCAUUGCGUAGACAAAAAGCCCAACUUGAGCAUACCAGAAACAAACGACUUCCGGCCGUCAAACUUAGACUGUCUCCUCCACAAAUCUAAAAGCUUCCAUCCUGAAACAGAAGACAACAUCAACCGACUUCUGCCAGAACAUCGAGAUAUAAUCAACCACAGUAGCCCGUCCAAAUAUAGUCUUCAUCCUGACGAUCAGGAGCUGUCUUGUGAUAAAAUUGAUGUUGAGAGCGAGCACGAGGAGUUCAAGAGGUCCGAGUCCUUCGAGAGUAUAUAUAAUAAGCCGGAGAACUCAGGAUCACAAAAAUCGAGCAUGCCCGAGAAAUCACCUCUACCGUCGGACUUCUUCCACAACUAUAACAAUAUGGAAGGAAGCAUUUCUGAUACGCCAACGGUUCAAAAGAUAACAACAGACGCGUCGAGCGGCGACAGCAAUUGCCUCCAGGACUUGGUUGGAAGAGUGACCAACUUGACUCCCGAGUUAACAGACGAUGAGAAAAUCACUUGCCAUCUUGAUGCCGCCGGCAAGGACAAUUUGAAAUGGAACAAAAGAUUGUACGAGCCCACAGUGCUAGGAUUCGACUUCGCGCAUAAGAAGCGCAAAAAUGGAAAUGCCCGAGGAUUUAGUAUAGAGAACCUGAUAGGACGCACGGUGGAGGAGGAAUAACCCAUGCUUUUGUCAUUCCAAAGGAAUCCCCUUUAGUAGGCACGUCUAUUAAAACAAAUUGUUAUAGAAAAACUAUAAUAUCUAAUUUAUUGUAGUCACUCCAUUAGAUUGUACAAACUAAAAUUAUGGUAGAUAUAAAAACGGUGCAGGUAGCUCAGGUAGCUCCUGUGACAAUUCACCUACUAGUCCUCAAUGUGAAGAGUAUUGUUUUAGCGAUUAGACCACGUGUAACAUUUAUGUGUGUAAGAUAAUGAAAAAAAAAAUAUUUAAAUCCUUUAUCGUUUAAAUAUGGCAAGUAGUGAGCAUAGGGUGGGCCUGAACUUAACACGACAUUUAUAUUGAAAACUUGUAAAUAGAAUAAAAAUAUGUUUUAGAGUAUUUUGAUGUAGAGCUGAAAACAGUUAGUUUGUAGAGAUGAGGUCCUGUAAAAAUUUUAUACUUAUAUUUUAUGUAA